GUUGGUUCCUUAAAUGUCAUAUUCUUUGGGUUGGUUGUUUACUUAUAAAUAUUUUAAAUUCUAAAUAAAAUAAACCAUUUUAUAAACUUGUGUAUGUUGAAGAUACGAAUUACAUUUAUUAAUUGAGAUAUGGCUGAUGUGGAGCAACCCAUAUUUAUAUUGCCGAAGAAACGUAAUGGGAAAAAACAGAGCCCUGUAGCAAACCAUGUAGACCAUAUCCUAGGUGUACAGGGAGCUGUAGAUGGAGACUUGCACACAAAAUAUAAAAAUGACUUAUCACCAGUGUCUGAACACGAAUACAAUGGUAUCAUACACUCAACAAUGGAAGGAUUAAAAUCGAAUAUGAAAAUUAAUCUUCCUAUAAUCAAUGAUGUACAUGAUGAAGACAGGAAUGGCCAUAGUGUAGAUGAAAACAGAGAUUCAUCCAAGUUUCAAAAUUACAAAAACAGUUAUCAAGGUCUUAACAAUAGUCGUGAAAUAAUUGACCUUUCACCUAUCUAUGAAAACUCAUCUGAUGCAUGUUCUAGUCAUGGUGACUUAAGAGAGAACAAUGAAAAUGACAUCCAAAAAAACUGCAGGAACUUAAACACCGAUUUUAAUGAGAGUUCCUCGGCCACUCCUAACAGCCUCUCCCAAACACAAUCUGAAAACAGCUUCGAAAUGGGAACUCUGACAGAUAGUCUCAAAAACAGUGCCAAAAGAAAAAAACGAGUGAACAUUGUAUCUGGUAUUGGAGAAUCUGAAAAUACAGACACUGAAAUUACUGCUUUAAGAGUUGAAUCUGAAGGUUCACUUUCCCUAGAUACAUCUGUGACUGAAAACAAAGAUAGCUAUUUAACAAUGACGGGAACAAUUAAAAGAGGUAAAAAGAAAGGACAAAACAUUGAUGUAAAACUUAACAUUUCAAGAGAAGAGCUUGAAAUUAUCGAAGCAGCAAUAGUUGCAGAAGAAUAUAACAAAAUGGAUGUCUCUAAAUGUUCCAUUUACAAUGGUCUACAUAUUUUUUUAUUUAGUUUAUUAUGUACUCCAUUUGUUGUAUGUAUUUCUGCAUUGUAUUCCUUUUACAUGGGAACUAUAACAUGGUAUAAUAUUUUUUCUCAUGUGACUGAUGAAUUGAACUGUUUGAAAAAGAUUUUACUAUCACCAAUAGUAAUUUUAUCAUAUCCCUUUUUGAUAGUGAUAUUUACUGUGGGUCUAGGGUUGUAUGCUGGGAUAGUUCAGUUGACAUUCAGUGGGGCCAACUGGUGGAAAGACGUCUGUGAUUUUGAGAAAGGUUUUUAUGGUUGGCUUUGUAGCACUCUGGGCAUAUCUGAAUGCAGCCCAUAUGAAGUAGUGAUUCUGAUGGAUGUAAAACCAUCAUAAAUAUUUGUGGAUUUUCUUGAAAUUUCAAUUAAUUUUUUUAUAAGCUAACAUUGACUGAUUUCAUUUAAUUAUCAAAAUUUCUCCUUUUCCAUUGUAAUUUUAUAAUUACCAACUUUAUGGUUACUGUUCUUUCUUCUGAAUGCAAAGAUUUUAUGAGAUUGUAAAUUAUGGAAUGCACAAAUGAUUCCAUAUUUAUUAAAUCAGAAUAAUGAGUAUAAUACAUUUUCUUGUAUUUUGUUCUUAGAUUGAAAUAGUAAAACUUGUUUUGUUGCUCAAUCUUCCACUUUUAUAAUAUAAGCAAUUACAUUUUCUAGUCAAAUGUACUGAUUUAUAGGUUAAGAAUAUAACAUACACCAUGUACCCAUGUUUUUACAUAUCUUUUGUGUUAUUGGAAUUUUAGUUGAUAAGGUAUUUACCUCAAUUUUGAGGAGUAGUUAAAAUUUAUACCGCCUAAUUAAUUUAUAAUAAUGCAUUAUUAUGUAAUUAAUAUACAAAAUGGUUCUGCUUGAUAAGAUUUAUUGAUACUCAAUAACUGUAGCAUGUUUGGCAGCAUAAUUUCUAAUGUAAUUCAUAAUUUAUACAGUUGUUCGCAAGCAUGUGAUAAAUAAUCAACAUUCUAUAAUAUGAAGACUGAUGUAUUCUAGUCACUUUGUGUAGUCAUUUUCUAUGUAAUAAAAUAUUUUAUAAACUGCUCGCUUUUUCUAAAACAAGGUACCUCUAAAGAAAGUAAUGAAAUUAUAAUAAUCACUAAAUUGAACUAAUAGUCUCAUGAUGAGUCUUUUGGGUGACUCUGUUCUUGUUUUGUUUGAUUUUGAUUAAACUCAACAUCUAGUCUCUCUUUUGCUCUCACUAUUUUUGAUUGUAAAUAAAAAGAGCCACCUUUCGCCUUAUCAUUUACUGUAAACAGGUGUUCAUAAUUUUUCUUGACUUGUUCUGGGUCUAACUUGUCUAGAUUCAAAAUUUGCAUAGCUUCUUCUAAAGAAAGGCCUGUUGAAGCAUUAGCAGCGGCUCUUCUAGCACCUUCUGGACCACCGCCAGCCCUUUUAGCAGCUUCUUGAGAUGCAGCUAUUUCUUGCUUCAAAGCUCGCGCAAAGGCUUUUCCGACUACUUGUGCACCCAAAACUAUAAUUUGUGCAAUAUAUUUAGCCAUUUUUAGUUGGUAAUAAAACAAGGUUGUUCAACAACAUUACGACAUAAAAAUAAUGGCAAAAAAUUAGAUGAUCCUCGAAGAUGGAUCUUGUUCGGAAAGUCGUAAAACUUCAAAAUUUUUUAGGUUAUUUUCGUUUUAGUACUGCCUGGUUAUUCUUCGUUUUACCCAAGUUGACGAUAUGU